GCCUCAUGUGAAGAAAAUUAUUUAUUUUGAGGAUCGUUUCUUGUCAAUAACUUAUUUAAGGAUUGUUUAGAAGUGAUUUUCUGGUUUUCUGUUGAACAUUAUUAAUUAACUGGUUGUAUCGAGAUUGUUUGGCGUAGAGUAAGUCCGUUUUAAACUGGUAGUUUACUUUUAUAGGAAGAAGAAGUAACACAUUUCAAAAUGCGAAUGCGCGAAAUAUUUAAAACACCUGGAAACGAUUCCGAAUCCGAUGAUCUGGAUGAAUUAGCAGAUGUGGAGGAUGCAGAAGAUGCCGCGGCCUACGAACCAAAUUUAGAGCCUUUUGAUUCAGAGGACUCUGAAGUCGAAUACGGAAUCGCAUAUGGCGGUGCCAGCGUACCGAAUCAACAAGAGUCGGAUGGUGAAGACUCUGACUUUGAAGCAGAUGAAGAUGAAGACAGUUCCGACUUUCAACCAGAUGACUCAGAUGAUUCUAUGUCAGAUGCUAGUAAUAAAGAAGUAAGAAAAUCGAAAGCAAAUUCAGGCGAUGAUACCGGUCCAGGUACAAGUGGUGUUGGCAGAAAUAAUGAUGGUGGAGAUGGAGUUAGUAGCGUAUUAGAACUUAACGAAGAUGAAGAGGAUGAUGAAACAGUACGAGCUAUUAUAGCGGCGAUUAAAAAACCUCGUACUGCACCACCAGAAAUAAAAUUAGAUGAUUUUAUAACUGAUAUUUGUUUUCAUCCGGAGCGCGAUAUUAUCGCCCUUGCAACGAUUACCGGAGAUGUAUGUCUCUAUGCCUAUGCAAACGAGGGCAAUACACUGCUUCGAAAUGUUGAAAUACAUGCGAAAUCAUGUAGAGACGUUGAAUUCACAGAAGAUGGCCGUGACUUACUAACAUGUUCCAAAGACAAAUCAAUUAUGAUAACCGAUAUGGAGACGGAAAAACUAAAGAAAUUCUAUGAAAGUGCCCAUGAUGAAGCUGUAAAUAAAUUGCACGUUAUUGAUGAGAACCUCUUCUGCACUGGUGAUGACGGAGGAACGGUUAAACUUUGGGAUAUACGAACCAAAGACGCAGUAUUUGCGUUGAAAGAAGUUGAGGAUUUUGUAUCUCAAAUGCUCACAAAUGAAUCGAAAAAGUUGUUAUUGGUUACGAGUGGUGAUGGGUACCUUACAACAAUUAAUAUUGGAUCUCGCAAGCUAUUCGUACAAUCUGAACCCUAUGAAGAGGAACUCCACUGUAUGGGUACAUUUCGUGGUAAUUCAAAACUAGUCGUGGGUACAUCAAAAGGCCGUCUAUAUACAUUUAAUUGGGGUCAAUUCGGUUAUCAUUGUGAUAUGUAUCCAGGCAUUAAUACGCCAAUCAGCGAAAUGAUACCUAUUACGGAUCGUAUCUGUUGUGUGGCAGGUGAAGAAGGUAUAAUACGUGCAUGUCAUAUAGCACCAUUUCGUAAUCUAGGUAUUGUGGGGCAACACAAUAUGCCAAUUGAAAGUUUGGAUGUUUCCAAUUGUGGUGAAUUGAUUGCCUCGUCGUCACACAAUAACGAUGUACGCUUUUGGAAUGUGAAAUAUUUUGAAGAUUUUGCGGACAUUAAAUACAAUGAAAAGCAUAACACAUUUAAGGAUAAGAGACACAAUUUACCAUCUUCGAAAUUCACAAAUGCCGGAGACUUUUUUGCUGAUUUGGCGAAAUCGCCCAGUGAUGAUAAUGAAUAGAAUUGGUACGUUGGGAGAUUAGAAAUAAUAUAUGAAGUAAUGUAUAAGAAAUUUGCUGUAUGUAUUGUAAAUUUUUGUAAGAAAAUCGUGUUUAAUUAUAGAAUAAUUAAAACGAAUGGCAUUCUUCUUUAUUUUUUUGGUCUGGUUGAAAUGACAUUUUGAAUUUAAAUUCGAAUAUCUUUCUUCUCAAACUUAUGCAUGCAAAUAUUUAAUAUGGGUUAAUCUAACCAAUAUGUACAACAUAACAUGACGAUCCAAGACAAUCACAGCAACAUUUCCAAUUUAUAACUACCAUAGUCUCUUUUGUGGAUCGUUCUAUCCUGUUGUGCGUGCAUAUGAAUUGUAUAAUUAAAACGUCAAUAUAUUUGUAUUUUCCAAAAUCUUAAACACUUUUAUUAAACUUCAUUUUUAUACAUACAUUCAAAUUUUGCGGUUACAAGCAAUUCUUCUCAUCACAAGUUUGUUUAAAUUAAAUAUAAGGUAAAUACAGAAAGUACAUAGUUUGGUGUUGUGAGUGUGUGAAUUUUUGUAAAUGUGUAUUAUUUAAUCGAAUAUGACAACAAUAAUGUAUAGUAUGAUUGUUGUGCAAUACUACAUCAACAACAUUCUUCCCAAAAUGUUUGUUCAAUGAGCAAGUUAUGAAACUGUAAUGACUUCAAUAAAGGAAAACUAAAGUUCUUCUUAUAGAAUAAUGUGGACUCAAUUUUUAUGUGAAACAAACAAUGAAUUUUUAGAGCAAUGCCUUUUUAUUAGAGGAGGUUACUUGAAAAUUUGGAAGCACCAGGCAUAUACAUACGUGUAAUUGUGUCCAUUAAUAAAUAAAGCUUUUAAUAAGUUCGUUUAAUAAAUUGUGUGAUUGUGAACGUAACGAUAUGUAUACUUGUAUAUAAUGUUGCAGUUUCUGCUCAAAUUAAAUAUAUAUAAAUAUGUUAAAUAUUAAAUUAUUAUACAUGUGAAACUAGCCAAUUACCUAUCUACACAUUUCUGUUAGUGUUUUUUUCAACGUUCAACGUUUUUCAACGUAAAUUGUUGUUUUCUUUUUAUAAAUUGCCUUUUACUUGCUUAAAGAAUCAUAUAUUAUGUUAAAGUUUCGUUGUUUAUGUAAGUAAAUGUAUGUAACUUAAGCUUAUAUUCAAAAGAAAGUUUUGUGCUUUACUGCAUAUUUUUUAAUUAAAUUUUAGUUUUAUAGCGAUUGUUGUAUAUUAAAAGAAUUGUUAUGCACAUUUGCAUAUUUGAAUGCAUAGCCUUUUU